UGAAGGGCGGAGGUGGGCCACGCGCUGUCAAUCUCCGUGGCUUGCAGUCAGCGCGGUUGCUGAACUCGCUCGAGGCAGCGCGGGCGGCUCCGGGACUCUGGCCCUCAGUCCUAAGGGCACCAUGGACGACAAGGAGUUAAUUGAAUACUUUAAGUCUCAGAUGAAAGAAGAUCCUGACAUGGCCUCAGCGGUGGCUGCCAUCCGGACUUUACUGGAGUUUUUGAAGAGAGAUAAAGGGGAGACAAUCCAGGGCCUGAGAGCAAACCUCACCAGUGCAAUAGAGACCCUGUGUGGUGUGGACUCCUCUGUGGCAGUGUCCUCUGGCGGGGAGCUCUUUCUUCGCUUCAUCAGCCUUACCUCCCUGGAAUACUCUGAUUACUCCAAAUGUAAAAAGAUUAUGAUUGAGCGGGGAGAACUUUUUCUCAGGAGAAUAUCACUGUCAAGAAAUAAGAUUGCAGAUUUGUGCCAUACUUUCAUCAAAGAUGGAGCAAAAAUACUGACUCACGCCUACUCCAGAGUGGUCCUGAGAGUCCUAGAAGCAGCUGUGGCAGCCAAGAAGAGAUUCAGUGUAUACAUUACAGAGUCACAGCCUGAUUUAUCAGGGCAAAAAAUGGCCAAAGCCCUCUGCCACCUCAACGUCCCUGUCACUGUGGUGCUGGAUGCUGCUGUUGGUUAUAUCAUGGAGAAAGCAGAUCUUGUCAUAGUUGGUGCAGAAGGAGUUGUUGAAAACGGAGGAAUUAUUAACAAGAUUGGAACCAACCAGAUGGCUGUGUGUGCCAAAGCACAGAACAAACCUUUUUAUGUGGUUGCAGAAAGUUUCAAGUUUGUGCGGCUCUUUCCACUAAACCAGCAAGAUGUCCCAGAUAAGUUCAAGUAUAAAGCAGAUACUCUCAGGUCUGUGCAGACUGGACAAGAUCUCAGAGAGGAGCAUCCGUGGGUCGACUACACUGCCCCUUCCCUAAUCACGCUGCUGUUUACAGACCUGGGAGUGCUGACCCCCUCAGCAGUCAGUGAUGAACUCAUCAAGCUCUAUCUAUAACCACCAGGCCCUCUCCUGCCAAUGUACAGCUGAGGUGAGCAGCCACAUGACCUCCCAGUGAGCCAGGCCAAAACGGAAUUGUUUUUUAUUGAAGAUUUAUGGACUAAGGAUUUAAAAUUAUAAAUCGUAGAGAAUCUUUCUUAUUUCAGUCCCACCUAAAACUUAUCCAUGGUUCUGAAACCCAACCUAAACGUGCUUACAGUUUCCAGAACUAAAAGUUCAAUUAUAGGCUACUUAACCAAUGAAAGGUGUACCUAAGUCCACUUCCUUUCAUCCUCCCCUGCACUCCAGACUGAUUUGCCAAACAAGUCCAUAAAAGAUAAAGGCUGAAAAGCAGCCAUUCCUAACUACAGCCAUGCCCUCUCCAAUAAACGGCUAACAGCUGGCCGGGACAUAAAUUACACAUGUGAGAAAGGGAAGGCAUAAGGAACAAUACUGAAUUUACGUCUGGUGUUCCAUGCUGAACACGUCCCAGCAGGAUCAAGACAAAUAGAAUAAAAACCAUACACAAGGAAAGCAGAAAUAGCGUUUAGCAGUAAGAUCCUGCAUCACCACUGAAGGAGAUGCCUUCCAAAAUAUGUGUAAACUGAAAUUCUGUAUCUGUAAAAGGUGUGAACUUUCCUUUAAACAUGUUUGGGACUAAAUAGCUUUUUUAAAUUAUACUUGAGAACAAAGUUACAUCUUUUCAAAUAAAUUAUAUAGUAAGGAUUUUGA